AGUCGAUAACAUAUAGGAUGUUGAUACCGACUCCGAGUUUUUCAGUACCCACAAUAAAUUUGUAACCCCGACCGAGUGGCGAGGCUCAGCAACUCCGUCUCCAAUGGCGGCGACUGAGUCCCCAAACAAGCGCCGCAAAACCCUAUCCCCCACCUCAACCUCAACCUCAACCUCGAAAUCGAAAAUCCAAGACGACGAGGAGGAGGACCCAUAUAAUCAUCACCACCAAGAAGAGCAACAACAAUGGACGGCCAAUUCAGUUUCACCGUGUAUGAUCUGCUUAUCCGACGGUGGAGAAUCGAUCAGAGGCAAAAUCGAUUGCUGCGACCAUUACUUCUGCUUCCUCUGCAUCAUGGAGUGGUCCAAGGUCGAGUCCCGCUGCCCCAUAUGCAAGCGCAGGUUCAGUACCAUUCAAAGGCUCUUCAAGGACGCUGUCCAACGCGUUGUCAAGGUCCCAGUUCGUGACCAGGUUUGCACUCCUUAUGGAAACUCAACGUCUGGGCCUCUUGACCCUUAUUCACAAAUUCAAUGUAAUGUGUGCCAUCAAAUGACAGAUGAUAGUCUUCUAUUACUUUGUGAUCUUUGUGAUUCAGCUUCUCAUACAUACUGUGUUGGCCUGGGUUUCACUGUACCUGAGGGAGAUUGGUUUUGUCAUGACUGCACUGUCUGUAGAAAUGAACAUAUCAUUAGGGAAAUGGAUGAUGAUAGUGACAAUGAAACUGUAUUGCCAACAGCUGAGGUACACGUUACCAUCUUUGAUAUGGUACAAGACUCAAAUAGCCGUAUGGUCAACAGAACAGCUACAAGAAUUGUUUCAAAUACAAAUCAACUGUCACCUUCUGUUGCCCCUGAUAGGGGAAACAAUGUUGCACAGGGAGUAAAUGGGCCUGGGACAAGAAAAUUUCAGAAUGUUGCUGAUAGAGCAACUCAAUCAGGUCCAAGAACAUUGCAACGUUGUCGAAAUGUCCACAGUCGUAUACGGGCACUUCGUCAAAAUUGGAAUGCCUUUCGUAAUGGGUCAUUGAGCUUUUCCUCCAGUUCACUUAAAUCUGGCAAUGGAAGUUGUCAAAAACAGAAGACUAGUGCAGUAUUGCAUAACAGAUCAGGUCAACAACAUUUGUCGUCUUCGACAAGUAGUCAGCAAUCAACAACUGAGGAUGGUUCUGCUCAAAGUUCUGGGGACAACAGAGGCUCAGAUGAUAUUGAAAAAGCAUGGAAAAUGAUGAUUAGGGCAAAGUCAAUGGAACUUGCUCAUGAAAGGACAAGGUCUAUUGAUCAGGUCACAAAACUUCCUUCUAGCACAGGAAGAGCUUCAAAAGAUGCUACUAGUAUAAGUUCAAGUUUCCAGUUAUUUAAACAACCACAAUUUGGAGCUAAGGAUCUAGGAAGAACUACAAAGGAGAAGGAAAAUAAAUAUUGUUCUAUUGAAAAAGAAAAAGGAAAGUGUCAAUUUCCCAAGUUGGAAAAGCAAAAGCAGAGUGUUACUACUAGUGAGACUGUAGAAUCUAGUGAGGGUCUCAAAACUACUCAUCUACCAGGAUCUUUUAAAUCUUCAUUCUCUAGGUAUGAAUGGUCUAGUAUUAAAGGUGAUGUUUGUAAUCAAAAUGGAUCAAGACUGUUACAGAAAAAUAUAAACGGAGCCUCAUCAAAUGUCCCUGAUGAGCAAAAUGGAUCUUCUUCUUUGAUGGAUGUGGUUGGAUCGAUAUCAGGGGCUUCUGAUCCAUUUUAUGCCAAACUAGAGCUCAGUACAUCUUCUCCUGGUAAGGCAGAUGCUCCUAAGGAAAGAGUUAGAUUGGGAAAGGAUUGUACCCAAUGCAAUGACAGAAAAGACAAUGAUGCCAAAAGUGAGAUCCAAUCUCUCGUCAAGCUGAACAUGAAGAUUCUAAGUAGAGACAAGAAAUUAGGAGUUGAUGCAUUCAAGGAAAUUGCACGGCUUGCCACACAUACCAUCUUGGCUGCAUGUGGUUUAGAGCACCGUAAGUCUGAGGUUCACUUCUUCCCAAGAUCAGUGUGCAGCCACAUGGAACAUAUUCAGCAGCUCCACAAGUCCACUUUAAUGCCUAAUUCUUGCCGAGAAUGCUUUUGUACAUUUGUAAAAGAUGUUGUAGAAUCCAUUAUGUUUGAGAAAGUAGGUUGUGUAAAAUCUAGUUGAGAUGUCUGCUGCUGAGAUGUUCAAAACCUUUUUAAAAAAAAUAUUUUUAUUAUUAUUUAUUUUUAAAGGCGCUUCUCAAGUUGUUAACAGAGCUCCUUCCCACUUAUGUAAUGGGAACAUUGAAUUAUUUAUUUAAAAUUCUAAAAUAAAUUGGAGCAGGUAUAUGAAUAGAACUCGACAGCUCUUGUGUUCUUAAA